AUGCCUCGCUUCACCAGCCCCUUUGACGGAGCCCAGCUCUUCUAUAGGGAUUACCAACCUACUAGCAAUCCCCGUCCCUUCAACCUGGACAAAUCCUAUGCAAGCAAGCAGAAACCAGCACUGGUAUUCAUCCAUGGAUGGCCAAUGUCUUCGCUGAUGUUUGAACAACAAACUCUCGCCCUUUGCGAGACUUAUCGAUUCAGAUGCAUUGCCCCUGAUCGCCGUGGUUUCGGCCAAAGUGACUGGAAUGGUGGGAAUUGUGCCGAACCGGGCAAGGAGCAGAUAGAUUAUAACGUCUUCGCCCAGGAUGCGGCCCAUCUGUUAGAGAAACUUGAUAUCGGUCCGUUUGUUUUUGUGGCAGCGAGCAUGGGUCCAGGAGAAACUCUGCUAGCGUACGAGCGCAGCGAAUACGUAAGAAGUAACUGCAAGGGGUUCUUUUGGAUAGGCCCCGCGCUUCCAUACCCCCUGGCUACACCAGAAAACCCUACUGCGCCAUCGCGCGAGCUUUGGGACUCGAUUCUCCAAGGAUUCCGUGGCUCGCGGGCUGAUUACACACAUGUAGCUCUACCCCCAUCGCUCUCUGUACCUUCACCUGAGCACAAGUUGUCAGAGUUCACGCUCCGACGGUUUGAAGGCUUUGUUGCUCAGGCGGAUUCCGUUGCCAUCGAGCGCUGUGUCCAGAUCAUCACGGGGGUGGAUUUCACAAAUCGCUUGCGAGAACUUGGUGCAGAGACUGACAUCCCUAUCAUGUGCGUCCAUGGGGAUCAGGAUUUGGGUUGUCCCAUUGAAGCCACUUCCCAAAUCAUCAGGGAAAUCAUCCCCAGGACGGUGGUUAGGAAGUAUAAGUCGGGAGCUCACGGCCUGUAUAUUACGCAUGGUGAACAACUUGUUCAGGAUAUAUUGGCAUUUAUUGAAGGCUCAGCGUCUUAG